AUGUCUUUCAAUGCUCUUUAUGAUGAAAUGAAAUGGGACAAAACGAUGCACAGAAUACCGCAAUGGAUCAAGAGAAUGGAGCCCGUGUUCAGCUUUUUUCAGCCGAUAAAUGACGGCCACCCAAAAACCUUGAGUUGGUCUCCAACCGACGAGGGUGAAGGAGUGUCGAUAUUGGUUGGAAUGCCGGCUUUAUGGGUGACAAUGGCCACUCAACAUCAAAUGAUCACCAAUCCGAUUGCCUAUCAUCAAACGAGAAAGAUUUCCGAUUUAACGCAAUAUCUCAUCCAGUCAAAGCAGCUAUCCGCAUUUUAUCUCCGUUCUCCAAAAGUUUCCUUUCAACUUUAUCGAGUCAGUCAUCAACCAAGAAUGCUCACCUCGACUCAACAAAUCUUCAAGUCUCUCAAUUGUCCCGAAUGUGACACACCAUUCUCGAAAACGGCAGGCGCAAAGAAUACACCAACGCAGACUAGUUGCCAUGCUAUUGAAGCACUGUGUAUGGGAUGUUACAAAAGAAAAAUCGAUCGAGGAAUUCGAGUGCAUAAAUGCGGCAGGGUUUGUUUUGAUCGCGUGCCAACUCCAUCGUAUUACUUAAUGGAGCUGCUCUCAAGUAGGGCUUUCAAAUUGGAUCAGCAAGGGAAAGGAUAUGUGCAAACAACCCAAUCAAUCACAAUUCCGGAAUGUCCGGUUUGUGAAGAAGAAUAUUCGUUGAGAGACCCCAAAAAUGAGCCAUGCAGUCUCCAUUGUGGACAUAUCUACAGCUACGACUGCCCACUGUGCCAAGCCAAUGGUAGUUAUUCCAAGCGAUCGUGGAAAAAUCGACUAAAAACCCUUCUGCGAGAACUUGACGAAAAAUCGACACAAAAAGAAGCUGAAAUGAAAAGGAUUUGUGAAGAUUGUAGAAAAGAGGUGUCUCUUCUCGAAAUGUUCCAAUGCAUGGAUUGUGGGGAUAAAAUGUUAUGCCCUCGAUGUUCUUGUAAGAAUCAUCGUCUUCAUCAGAUUAUCGAUCUUGAAGUUGUUGAGGUGAAGAAACUGGGGAAAGUGACUCGCGAAACGAUCAUCCCACAAAUUGAGGCCUACAAUGUCUGUUUCCCGGAACUCCAAUCGAAUUUGAUCAAGAAUUUGAAUGAGUGCCAAGAGAAAAUUCUCAGUCGAACCGAUCAACUCGGUAACCUCAAUGGGUUUGCAGAAGCAAAGGAGCAACAGAAGGCUUGCGUGGCAUUUGGCGAGAGAUUCGAGACGAUUUGCGAGAAAUAUUUGGGUGAAUUGCGGUCAUUCAACACCGGUAUUGAGAAGCUCGUCGAUGACAUCAACGAGUCCCCAAAA